UUCAGUAAAAGUUAGUCUUGUACAUCGCUCACCAAGUGGACAGCCUGGUUUUGUGAAACAGCUUAUUAUAGUCCUCUGACUGGAAAAAGAAAAGACCCACUAUGGAUAAUUUGGGGAAGACGAACAAACAGGUCUUGGACCGCUACCUGAAGCUGGAGGCUGACAGUGGUAAGAUACAGCUGGAGUAUCUGUGGAUUGACGGAACGGGGGAGGGGAUUCGAAGCAAAUGUCGUACCAUUGACUUCGUCCCUAAGGAUGUAUCAGAACUUCCGAUCUGGAAUUACGACGGCUCCAGUACGUACCAGGCCGAGGGCUCCAAUUCUGACAUGUACCUACAGCCAGUGGCCAUUUUCAAUGAUCCUUUCAGACUGGGUAACAACAAACUAGUCAUGUGUGAGGUGAACAAGUACAACAAAUUACCGGCAGACACGAACUACCGUCACACGUGUCGUGAAGUGAUGGAUCGGGCCAAGCAUGAACAUCCCUGGUUCGGGAUUGAACAGGAAUACACUAUGUUGUCCCAGGAUGGACACCCAUUCGGCUGGCCAAAACAGGGAUUCCCAGGCCCACAAGGACCCUACUACUGUGGUGUGGGAGCGAAUAAGGUGUACGGUCGGGACAUCGUUGAGGCCCACUACCGCGCAUGUCUGUACGCAGGUGUGAAGAUUGCGGGUUGUAACGCGGAGGUCAUGCCGGCUCAGUGGGAGUUCCAGGUGGGUCCGUGUGAAGGUAUCGAUAUGGGUGACCACUUGUGGGUGGCCAGAUACAUCCUCCACAGGGUGUCCGAGGACUUCGGGGUCGUUAUCACGCUCGACCCCAAACCCAUGCCGGGAGAUUGGAACGGCGCAGGCGCACACACUAACUACAGCACGAAGUCGAUGAGAGAGGAGGGCGGAUUAGCGCAUAUAGAGAAAGCGAUCACCAAACUAUCCACCAAGCACGAUAUCCACAUUAAGUAUUACGACCCGAAGGAAGGCGAGGACAACAAACGAAGACUGACGGGAAGACACGAGACAUCCUCCAUCCAAGACUUCUCGGCAGGAGUUGCCAACCGUGGCGCUAGUAUUCGUAUUCCCCGCCAGGUGGCUGAAGAAGGUCAAGGUUAUCUGGAAGACAGACGUCCAGCUUCCAACUGUGAUCCUUACAGAGUGACAGAAAUCAUCGUCAGAACGACGGUAUUGGACGAGUGAUCUGUCUUUCAUUGAGAAAAACUCCUCCUUUUUUGACUAUUUUUAUAAAUUACAAUAACUUUUUGGGGAGGAGAUAAUCAUAGAAUUUGUUCAGCCUUGGACAAAGCGACUGGGAUAUGGACUUAUCUGUGUUAAACGAAACUUCAUGGGACUUAAACUAUCGUAACUCACAUGGAGGGUUUCGUAACGACACGCACAAACGUGGUAGUUAAUAUUUUAGUUACGUCUGGCCAUGAACUAUGCAAGGCUUUUUGCAAAGUUGUCUGUAGUUCAGGACGUCAUUAGUUCGCGGUUGGAGACGGCACUAUGAACCAUAAAGCACAGAAAGGAUGGGAAUACUCAAACGCCUUGCGAAAAGUCCGGGGGUGGAGAUGAUAAUAUAUCCAUGUCCUGGGGUCAGUUUUUUAAACUCACUAUUGUAUAUAUGUACAUAAAAUGGAUGCGCUUUCUCACGUGCAUCUUUCACCUGACACUGUUUAAACCAUUCAAACGACCAUAGAGGAUGGAAACUAAUUUCUAUUGCCUAAUUUUUAGACAUGUUUUUAUCUCUUAUUGUUCCAUUCAUUUGAUUUAUUUGCAUUCAGAGACCGAAAUAAAAAAAAUGGUUUUAAUGUUUA